AUGGACCUCACAAUGAACAUUCAAAUGAGCACACGGGAUCGUUGUGUUUCAAAAACAAGUCCAAGAGUACCACUGCGCAAAGAUACGGAGAAUGUUAUUCAGAGUUGGGAAAGUGCUUUUACAAGUGCACAAACAAAACGAAUCGCCAAAGAAGAGGAAGAACUGUCGCCGAUAAAAGGAUCAUCCCGAACACCAAAGCGUCGUCGUGUGGUUGUUUCGUCGGAUUCUGAAGAGGACAGCUCCAUUGUGAUGAUGGAAACUGAGUCCAGCGGGCAAGAUGGUGCCAGUGAUGACUACAGGGACUCACCGCGAUUAAAGAAUCUACAAUCCCUCUCGGUUAGUUUUGAAUCCUUCUGA